GUUGUGAAACAACCACUGUUCUUGGGUAGUAAAAAUGGCAGCAACCUGCAACAAUGGCGAAAUCCUCCAUGUUCUUUUCCUUCCCUUCUUAUCCGCUGGUCAUUUCAUCCCAUUAGUUAACGCCGCAAGGCUAUUCGCCUCCCGCGGUGUUAAAGCCACAAUCCUCACUACCCCUCAUAAUGCCUUACUUUUCAGAUCUACUAUUGACGAUGAUGUUCGAAUUUCCGGAUUUCCCAUUUCUAUCGUAACUAUUAAAUUCCCCUCUGCUGAAGUUGGGUUGCCUGAAGGAAUUGAGAGCUUUAACUCUGCCACUUCACCAGAAAUGCCCCAUAAAAUUUUUUAUGCUCUUUCUCUUCUACAAAAGCCAAUGGAAGAUAAAAUUCGUGAACUCCGUCCCGAUUGCAUUUUUUCUGAUAUGUACUUCCCUUGGACAGUAGAUAUUGCCGAUGAGCUGCACAUCCCUCGUAUUUUGUACAAUUUGUCUGCUUACAUGUGCUACAGCAUUAUGCACAACCUUAAGGUUUACAGACCUCACAAGCAGCCUAAUCUAGACGAAUCUCAAAGUUUCGUGGUUCCUGGUUUACCUGAUGAGAUAAAGUUCAAGUUAUCCCAACUGACAGAUGAUCUGAGAAAGCCGGAUGACCAAAAGACUGGUUUUGACGAAUUGCUCGAACAAGUUGGAGAUUCGGAGGAGCGAAGCUAUGGCAUUGUUCAUGAUACAUUUUAUGAGCUAGAACCUGCAUAUGUCGACUACUACCAGAAAUUAAAGAAACCAAAAUGUUGGCAUUUUGGUCCGCUCUCUCAUUUUGCAUCCAAAAUCCGUAGUAAGGAACUAAUUUCUGAGCAUAACAACAAUGAGAUUGUUAUAGAUUGGUUGAAUGCACAGAAACCUAAAUCGGUUCUCUAUGUAUCUUUCGGAAGCAUGGCUAGAUUUCCUGAGAGCCAACUGAAUGAAAUAGCCCAAGCUCUGGAUGCUUCAAAUGUUCCUUUCAUUUUUGUAUUGAGGCCUAAUGAAAAAACAACGUCGUGGUUGCCAGUUGGUAAUUUAGAGGACAAGACUAAAAAGGGUUUGUACAUCAAAGGGUGGGUCCCACAGCUUACGAUCAUGGAACAUUCAGCAACAGGCGGGUUCAUGACUCAUUGUGGUACUAAUUCGGUUCUGGAAGCCAUCACUUUUGGCGUGCCAAUGAUAACAUGGCCACUUUAUGCUGAUCAAUUCUACAACGAGAAGGUAGUCGAGGUUAGGGGAUUGGGAAUCAAAAUCGGGAUAGAUGUAUGGAAUGAAGGAAUUGAGAUCACGGGCCCUGUAAUAGAAAGCGCCAAGAUUAGAGAAGCAAUUGAGAGACUAAUGAUCAGUAAUGGUUCUGAGGAAAUUAUGAAUAUUAGGGAUAGAGUAAUGGCUAUGAGCAAAAUGGCUCAGAAUGCAACAAAUGAAGGUGGAUCUUCGUGGAACAAUCUCACUGCUCUCAUUCAACAUAUCAAGAAUUUUAAUCUUAAUUAGUUGGAAGACAGAAAUAAGUCCUUGCAUUGUAACUUUGUGUGUGUGUGUUUUUUUCCCACUUAAUAAAAUGAAGGAAUGGAUGGAUGGAUCUUAACUUUA